CUUUUGCGCUGCAAAGUUCAUAUGGAUCAAGUCAAGUUACAGACAAAGUGACAAGGGACUGCCAACCACCUCUCUGAGUUCUGGUGUAAAGUUAAUAGAGCUCGCUUAGCUAGUUUAACAGAGAACAAAUUUAACAGAGGCUUCUAGAGUUAGUGGAUUAUAGUCUGAGUCGAGUUGUGCUACUACUUACUCAACAUCCAGACAACCAUGGAGAGGAAAUUACCCCGUCGGAGAUCUCUUUGGGGAAACAAGUCCAUAUUUUGGUUUUGCUCGGUUUUGUUUUACAUAGGCCUAGCUGAAGGUAAAGGUGAGAUGUCCCACGCCCACUCCACACUGAGUGUUUCACCCCCCCACCUGUACUACACCUGUCCAGAGGGUGCAACUGUCAAACUGGUGUGUAGCCGGAGAGGUGCCCCCUUGUACCCCAAUGACGUCUUGAAGUAUAGCUGGCUUUUCACACCCCACAGUGAUCAGCACUGUCAGGGACAUAUUGGCCCACGCCAUACUACGAUGGGCCAUGGCAACCACAGCUUGCCGCCAGGGUUGCAUUUCGAAUUUGCAGAGCACAACUUCGGGAUGGUUCUGCAGAAUGUGACCCACUCUGACCAGGGUCGCUACUGCUGUAUGGUCCUAGACAUCCAGCCGGGACAUAAACACAGCUCCCUUGUGCAGAAACCCCACAGCCAUGUUAUUCUCCAAGUUACACCACGGAGAAAUGGAUCUCCAAACUGCACUAUCUGGGAUCCCACGCCACCUGGAGGCGCCGUGCCAGUGGCCUUGGCCAUCGCAGCCUGCAUCUUGGCUCUGCUGUCUCUGCCUCUUAUUCUGGUGCUUGUGUACAAACAGAGGCAGAAUGCCCAGUCGAGCAGACGUGCACAAGAGCUGGUGAGGAUGGACAGUGAGUCUCUUGGCCAUGAGAACCCUGUGUUUCUCGGAGGAUCACCGCAGAUUAAGACCCGAACUGUUUCUCAGAUCAUGACCAGGCAGUCCUCAGAGACAGGUCGCCACCUGUUGUCUGAGCCAGGAACCCCCCUUUCUCCUCCUGCACAUGGGGAUGUAUUCUUCCCAACAGAAGACACCAUCCUCGAGUCUCCAGACUUCCUGCAGGUUUAAAGAGGGUUGGGACUUCAUUCAUCGCUCUAACUGCUGACCUGGAAACAGCCCUGCAACUCUCUUCCUCUUCUUUCUGCCUCCAGAGCGAUGUUGCCCUUAUCAGCUGUCUCACAAUAACCUCUGCUGGGAUUGUCGUCUGUACGUUGUCUGGACCGCAGGAGGGAACGGACGCCGUUUUUUAUUCAAAAACUAUUUCCACCUGCAACAACAGCUGGAGGCCAAAGGCAAACUUUUGCUUGUGCACACUUGUGUUGUGGCGGGGGCUGGGUUUAUGUGUGAUGUUCCAUCUACACGCUGCUGAUAAUGACUUGUGGACCAACAGGUGCCGGCCGUUUAGAGAAAAAUCCAGUGUUGAGGGUGGGGGUCCCGCCAUAUGCAGGGGUGGCAAGUUAAGAGUGAUCAGCACACGAGUCCUGUGGACUCAAGGGCUGCUUUCACACCUACUGUAACUUGUUUGGUGCAGUUCAGACGAAUUAUGGUGGACUUCUUUGCUUGGUUUGGUUCAGUUAAGCCGGUGUGUAAUUCAAACCCUUUUGCGGACCAAAGAACUGCGCUCUAACUCUGGCGCGGCUCGUUUGUGGUGUGAACUCAAAGCAGACCAACCUCAGGAUUAUGCGAAAGAGAAUGUAUGACAAUGAGUUUAAACUUGGUAGCAUGGUAUGCCCAUCAGCGCAGGGAUAUUACGUCAUACAUCAGAUGGUGAAAAAAGGGUUUAAACAGAAGUGUGUAUUGCUUGCGUCCUACGUAGCAACAAAAUGUCACAGUGAUAAAUAUUUUAUAAUUUCUUUUAACCGAACCACAGGUGUGAAAGCGACCAAAGGCUCUCUCUCAUCCCUCUCAUUGUAAUAAAGUGCUCAAAUAGCAUUAUACCACAGGAAGCUCAAUCGCCAGAGAAGUCUCAAUAUUCUUGUACAAAUUGAGAGUAAUUUGUUUUUAUGGCAUUACACUGUUCCUCUGUAUCAAUUCCACAUGGCCUCGGCUUCUUUUCUCUUACCGCUUUGCUACCUCAAUUACUGUCAGCCCUGCUGCUCUAAAUACUCUCCUUCCUUCCUGUUCUGAGAAACGCAGCACUAGUGGCCUAAGUUCAAAUAUUUGAAAGUAUUUAGAA